AUGCUGUCAAAAUUGCGACAAAGUGGACUGGACACCAACGUUCGGGAAGUAUUUGAUGCACCCUCAUUAGCUGUAUUAGCUAAGUCUCUGAGCCAUCAUAUAGCAAUCAGUACUCCACCCAAUCUGAUUACCGUUGAAAGCACAGUUAUUAGUCCAGAAAUGUUGCCGCUUAUCGAUCUAUCGCAGCAAGAGAUUGAUGUGCUGGUCGAACAAGUGCCUGGUGGUAUAUCCAAUAUUCAAGAUAUUUAUGGAUUAGCACCAUUACAAGAAGGCAUCUUAUUUCAUCAUUUGAUGGCCGAACAAGGCGAUCCGUACUUAAUCAUAAAUAGUUUAGAAUUUAAUGAUCGAGCAAUGCUGAAUCGCUAUGCAGCCGCUUUGCAACAAGUGAUUGAACGACACGAUAUUUUACGCACUGCCUUUGUAUGGGAAGGAAUCAGUGAACUGGCACAAGUAGUCUUGCGCCACGUUCCAUUCUUACUCACUGAAGUCACGCUGGAUAAUACCAACUCAGUACUAGAGCAGCUUACACAUCGCUACAAUUCAAUUCACUACCGAAUGGAUCUCAAAUGUGCACCACUAUUGCGUCUGCUAGCUGCGCAAACAUCUGAAGGGAACUGGAUUGUAUUGAGAUUGAUGCACCAUAUAAUUGGUGACUACGUUACUGUACAGAAACUAAAUGCAGAGGUGCGUACGAUUAUCGAAGGACAGAGUGAACAGUUGUUAACACCCACACCAUUCCGGCAUCUAGUGGCUCAGGCUCGUCUUGGAGUUAGUCAGGCCGAACACACGCAGUUCUUUAGAGAAAUGCUUAGCGAUGUUAAUACACCAACCCUACCGUUUGGUUUGAGCCACAUUCAUGACGAUGAAACUGAGAUCGAUCAUGAGCACCUGAAGCUGUCACAGGAACUCAAUAAUCGAUUGCGAGCCCUUGCACGUAAUUUCCAUGUCACUCUAGCCAGUUUAUGUCAUUUGGCCUGGGCACAAGUACUUGCCUGUGCUAGCGGAAAUGAAACAGUGGUAUUCGGUACUGUGCUACUUGGUCGCCUACAGACUGGAGAAGGAAAUGAGAAUGUUAUGGGUAUGUUGAUAAACACGCUACCGUUGCGGCUGGAUAUCGAUGAUACUACAGUCGAAAACGCUGUACGCAACGCUCAUUCGCGUUUGAGUGCUUUACUGUCUCAUGAAUAUGCAUCACUGGCUUUAGCGCAACGUUGUAGUGGAGUGGCAUCUUCUGUGCCUCUUUUCAACGCAUUGCUAAACUAUCGCCAUAAAUCUCAGACCGAACAUACCAUCGAACCAUCCGCUGGCAUGAAUAUUGUCAGUAGUGAAGGAAGAACAAAUUACCCAAUAAAUCUGUCAGUGGACGAUGACGACAAUACGCUCAGUUUCAUAGUUCAUGUAGUGUCGCCGCUGUCAGCAGCGAGGAUUUGUGGUUAUAUGCAACAGGCUUUCUUCUCACUUGCUGAUGCAUUAACACAUACACCACAACAAUCUGUACGGACAUUGACAGUGAUGCCGCCCAAAGAACGAGAGAUGCUGUUGCAUACAUGGAAUCUAACGACUGUCAAUUAUCCAUCUGCUUGUUGUCUUCAUCAAUUAUUUGAGGCACAGGUGGAGCGUAGCGGACAAGAUAUAGCGGUACAAUUUGAAGGAGAAACUUUGAGCUACGAAGAACUCAAUGCACAAGCUAACCGAUUGGCUCAUCAUUUGAUCACGCGAGGAGUUAAGCCAGAUGAUCACAUCGCCGUUUGCGUUAAGCGAGGCACUAAAUUACCCAUAGCUCUAUUGGGAAUUCUGAAAGCCGGCGGCGCUUAUGUACCACUUGAUCCGGAAUACACUUGUGAACGGUUACAAAACAUUUUGGUGGAUGCGAACCCACUGUAUUUGUUGGCAGAUGCCACUGGCCAAAAAGCACUUGGAGAUCAUCAUGUGUCUGUAGUAAAUUUGGACCAUAUGUUACCCGAUGGCCUGUCCAGUGAUAAUCCGGAUUCCUCAAAACUCGGUUUAACUUCAUCUCAUUUGGCAUAUAUAAUUUAUACUUCUGGUUCCACCGGAAGACCGAAAGGGGUGAUGGUUGAACAUGAAUCUGUGAUCAAUUUGAUUCGUACCCAAAGUUCUGUUUUUGGAACAACGCCGAUCAGCCGUGUCUUGCAGUUUGCUUCUUGUUCUUUUGAUACAAGCAUAUGUGAAAUCGUAACGACUUUAACAAGUGGGGCCUGUCUUUGCUUGCCCAACGAAAAAGUUCGCCAGACAGAUGCUGCCUUGAUUAGUUAUUUAAGUACUGAAAAGAUUACUCAUGCAACUCUACCACCCGCUCUGUUCCGGAACACACAAGAUCUAAUUGAUUCAACUAGUUUGGAAGUCUUGAUUUUGGGUGGUGAAACACCCUCGUUAUCAUUGUUACAAGCUGCCUCUAAACACACGAUGGUUCUAAAUGUGUAUGGUCCCACUGAGACCACUGUUAUUGCGACCAUUUGGUCAUGUCCGACUAAUUUUUCCAGUCAUUCAAUACCAAUCGGUCGUCCGUUGUCCAAUACACGAGUUUAUUUGCUAGAUGCACAUGGUGAGCCGGUACCACUGGGAGUCGAGGGUGAAAUGUAUAUUGGCGGUGCUGGCGUGGCUCGUGGCUACAUGAAUCGACCUGAGCUUACCGCUGAACGUUUUCUUCCCGAUCCAUUUAGUGAGAUGCCAGCAGCACGCAUGUAUCGUACUGGAGACCUGGCACGAUAUUUAUCUGAUGGCAAUCUCAUUUAUAUGGGACGUACCGACCAACAAAUUAAAAUUCGUGGCUUCCGAAUUGAGCCUGGAGAGAUUGAAGCCCGCCUUAUUGAAAAUCCAUUAGUGCACGAAGCGGUUGUUUUGCCUUGGAAAAAUGGCUCAGAUACUAAUGAGCGACUAGUCGCUUAUGUGGUGGCCGAAACAGAUACGUUGCUGGCACAGAACCUACGCACCUACUUAGUAUCUUUACUACCUGAUUAUAUGAUACCGGCAGCUUAUGUGUGUUUAUCAUCAUUGCCACUCACACCUAAUGGCAAACUAGAUAGGAGUGCACUGCCGCCUCCGGACGAUGAAGCAUUCGUCCGUCAAUCGUAUGAAGCUCCGAAUGGUGAAAUGGAAGAAAAACUAGCCGCCAUAUGGAGUGAACUUUUGGGUAUUGAACGUAUCAGUCGACAUGACAAUUUCUUCGCAUUGGGCGGCCAUUCCCUUCUAAUCAUACGGUUACUGUCACAGUUACGACAAAUCGGACUUGACACUAGCGCCCCAGAAGUUUUUAAUACUCCCACCUUAGCCUCAAUGGCUAAAACUCUCGGAAAGCACAAAUCAGUCAGCAUCCCACCCAACCUUAUUACUAAAGAAUGCACGAUGAUUACUCCAGACAUGUUGCCACUUAUCGAUCUAUCUCAAGCCGAAAUUGAUUCAUUGAUCGCACAAGUGCCAGGAGGUUUGGUUAAUAUUCAGGACAUUUAUGGGCUAGCGCCAUUACAGCAAGGCAUUUUGUUCCAUCAUUUGAUGGCUGAACACGGUGAUCUAUACUUAUUGAUUAAUCAUCUGCAAUUUGAGGACAGAGUAGCACUUGAUAAUUACGUAACUGUUAUGCAAAAAUUGAUUGAACGACACGAUAUACUUCGGACCAUUUUUAUAUCGGAAGGACUCAGUGAACCGGCGGCAGUCGUUUUGCGUCAAGUUCGAUCGAUACUCACUGAAGUCACACUAGAUGAUUCCAAUGAGUUGGUGCUAAAACAACUAAGCAACCGCUUCAACCCACGUUACUACCGUCUUGACCUGAAACAGGCACCGCUAUUGCAUUUGGUAGCUGCACCAACAUCUGAAGGAGGCUGGAUGGCAUUACAAAUAAUGCACCAUCUAAUUGGUGACCACGAUACACUGAACAGAUUGUAUAGCGAAGCCCAGAUAAUAAUUGAUGGACAAAGUGAUAAGUUAGAAACGCCCACUCCAUUCCGUAAUGUAGUGGCACAAGCUCGUCUAGGUGUUUAUCAAGCCAAACAUACUCAAUUCUUUAGUGAAAUGUUGGCUGACGUUGAUUCGCCGACCUUGCCGUUUGGUCUGCGCAACGUUCAUGUCGAUGGCACUGAGGUCGACAAAUGGCACCUGAAGCUGUCACAAGAACUCAAUAAUCAAUUGCGAUCCCUUGCACGUCAUUUACAUGUUAGCUUGGCCAGCCUUUGUCAUUUGGCUUGGGCACAAGUACUUGCUAAAGCCAGUGGACACAAGACAGUUGUCUUCGGCACCGUACUAUUCGGUCGUCUACACUCCGAAGGAAAUGCCAGUACGGUGGGGCUAUUGAUAAACACACUACCAAUGAGGCUGGAUAUUGAUGAGAGAACGGUAGAGAGCACCAUGCGUCUUACUCACUCACGUUUGAGUGCAUUGCUAGAGCAUGAACAUGCAUCGCUUGCGUUGGCACAACGCUGUAGCGGAGUUCCAGCUACUUUGCCACUUUUUAAUGCGUUAUUGAAUUAUCGUCAUAAUCAGCCGAGCGCAGAGGUCACUAAGUCAAUCCAUGGGGUCACAUUCCUAAGCGCUGAGGAGCGAACAAAUUAUCCAAUAACUCUAUCGGUGGAAGACGACAGUGAGACGCUGGGCUUGACAGCUCAAGUGGUGUCGCCUAUAUCAGCAGCACGGAUUUGUAGUUAUAUGCAACAGGCUCUCGUCUCGCUUUCCAAUGCACUAACACACACACCACAGAAACCUGUGCGAACGUUGACGGUGAUGCCGCGUGAAGAACGAGAGAUGCUAUUAUAUAGUUGGAACCAAACGACUGUCAAUUAUCCACCUAUUUGUUGCCUUCAUCAAUUAUUCGAGAUGCAG